AUGGACGUGAGUAGACACCUACCACCACCUCACUUGCGAUACCCAUGAGAAUGGUCAACACUUGGUCACUUGGGUGUCGUACUGCACCCCGUCAACACACAUGAGCCACGCCAUCGCGCGUCAGGUCUCAACCAACGUGCGCGCCAUCGGUCCAUCAUCAGCCCUCGACCGACCGUGUACGAUUUCGUCAUCCACGACGACGACGACUGAUGGUAGCACGCUCGAGUACAUUGCCAUGUCCUGCACAUGCGAUGCCUACGCUACUCGGAGCGCGAACCCUGCACGACCGAGCGACCACCACUGGCUGUCCUCCCACCGCUAGCCACCUUCAACCACUGAUGUCUGGUCAUCCCCCCCCCCCUCCCCCCCCCCCCCCCCCCUUUAAAUGAUUCCCGCAGGCAAUCCUCAACUUUAGUGUGCCGCUCGAUGUCAACUUGCUCGACCAGGUCGCCCAGGUCUUCCUGACCGGCCGAGGUACCGAGGUGCGUUCCCUCAUGUUGUCUUGGAAGCUGUCAUGCUGCGCUCGAUUACGAUACCCAUCUGAUCAUUCGAUUACGUCUUCAUGACUAUGACCGCACCCGCCCCUCACAGCAAGCGCAAGCGUCGACGGUCCUGGCCCAAUUCCAGGAGCACCCCGACGCGUGGCAGCGCGUGCCCGAGAUCCUCGAACGCUCGGCCAGCGCCCAGACAAAGUACAUCGCGCUGCAGAUCAUGGACCGCCUCAUCAAGACGCGGUGGAAGAUCCUGCCCGACGACCAGCGCUCCGGCAUCCGCAACUUUAUCGUCGGCAUCAUCGUCAAGUCGUCCGAGGACGAGGCCACGCUCAGGAAGCAAAAGAGCUACGUCAACAAGCUCAACCUCAUCCUCGUACAGAUUCUCAAGCAAGAGUGGUCAGUUCUCCCGAGUGACCGUGUCCAAGAGCCGACGACUGACUCUCAAGUGUGCGGUGCUCCCGCCCAGGCCGCACAAGUGGCCGACAUUCAUCAGCGAGAUCGUCUCCUCAUCCCAGUCGAACCUGACCAUAUGCGAAAACAACAUGGUCAUUCUCAAGCUCUUGUCGGAGGAGAUCUUUGAGUUUUCGGCCGAGCAAAUGACGACUGCCAAAACCAAGGCAUUGAAGGCGCAGAUUGUGAGUCGCGACGAUUCCUCAGUGUGCGGUUUGCGUGUAAGUAUCUAAACUCUGCGGAAAUGGUGACAUCACAGUGUCAAGAAUUUUCCGAAGUCUUCAGUCUUUGUGUUGAAGUGCUCGAAAAGGCCGACAAGGCGAGCUUGAUCAAGGCCACGCUCGAGGCGAUGCUUCGCUUCCUCAACUGGAUCCCGCUCGGCUACAUCUUCGAAACCCCCGUCAUUGAUCACCUUAUCGGGAGGGCGAGUUAUAUCCUGAAAUGUGUCGACUGCUUCUGCUUGGUCAGCGCUGACGUGCGCACCAUCGUCCAUCGACAGUUCCUCGAGGUGCCCGAGUUCAGGAAUGUGACCCUCAAAUGUUUGUCCGAGAUUGGAGGGUUGCAGAUCGGCCCCGAGUACAACGCCAAGUUCAUCAUCCUCUUCAACCUCGUCAUGACCUCGGUCAACAAGAUGAUCCCCCCUUCGACCGACAUCGCCGGCGCGUACGAGAGCUCGUCCGACGCCGACCAGGAACUCGUACUCAACCUCGCGCUCUUCUUGACCAACUUCCUCUCGGUGCAUGUCCAAAUCUUGGAAACGCCGCAACACCGCGACGUCCUUCUCAACGCGCAUCUGUACCUGAUUAAGAUCUCCCAGGUCGAGGAACGCGAGGUGUUCAAGAUCUGCCUCGAGUACUGGGCCAAACUCGUGGCCGACCUGUACGACGAGAUGCAGAAAUUCCCCAUGAACACGAUGGGCAACCCUCUCUUGAACCUCGGUAUGGGCGGGCCGGGCUCGUCGGGCGUGGGUGGAAGCGGGUCGGGGCGACGCGAGAUCUACACCGAGGUGCUGAGCAACCUGCGCCUCGUGAUGGUCGAGCGCAUGGCCAAGCCUGAGGAGGUGUUGAUCGUCGAGAACGACGAAGGCGAGAUCGUGCGCGAGUUCCUCAAGGAGAUCGACACGAUCGUCUUGUACAAGAGCAUGCGCGAGGUGCUUGUCUACCUGACCCAUCUCGACGUCGUCGAUACGGAGAUGAUCAUGACGGAGAAGCUGUCCAAGCAGGUCGACGGGUCCGAAUGGUCUUGGUCGAAUUUGAACACGCUCUGUUGGGCCAUCGGGUCCAUCUCGGGUGCCAUGAACGAAGAGACGGAGAAACGAUUCUUGGUGACCGUCAUCAAGGAUUUGUUGGGCUUGACCGAGAUGAAGCGCGGCAAGGACAACAAGGCCGUCGUCGCUUCCAACAUCAUGUACAUCGUCGGGCAGUACCCGCGCUUCCUCAAGGCGCACUGGAAGUUCCUCAAGACGGUUGUCAAUAAGCUGUUCGAAUUUGCGCACGAAACUCACGAAGGUGUGCAAGACAUGGCUUGCGAUACGUUCAUCAAGAUCGCACAAAAGUGAGUUGCUAGAAUUGACGACGAAUUUGGAGCCGAAGAGUGCUGACGAGCGCGUGUAUCUGUCACAGAUGCCGAAGGCAUUUCGUCAUGCAGCAGUCGGGCGAGCAGGAGCCGUUCAUCGAUGAGAUCCUGCGCAACUUGCAGCGCAUCACCGCCGAUCUGUCCCCUCUGCAGAUCCACACCUUCUACGAAGCCGUCGGGUACAUGAUCUCGGCGCAGCCCAACAAGCCUCAGCAGGAGCAGUUGAUCGCCAGUCUCAUGUCGGCACCGAAUGCGGCUGUGAGUAUUUGCUUCCGAGAUUCUGGGUGAUGGUGGGCCACGGUCUGACUCUUGGCAUCGCUUCACAGUGGGAUGCGAUCAUGGCUCAAGCCGCAACGAGUGGAACAGAUGUCUUGUCAAACCCGGAAAACAUCAAGAUCCUGUCCAAUGUGCUCAAGACGAACGUCGCCGCAUGCUCGUCGAUCGGCACCUUCUUCCUACCCCAGAUUGCUCGCAUCUACGUCGACUUGCUCGGACUGUACCGAGCCGUCUCGGGCAUCAUCUCGGCGACGACGGCCGAGCAAGGCCUGAUCGCGACGAAGACACCCAAGGUCCGAGGUCUGCGAACGAUCAAGAAGGAGAUCCUCAAGCUCGUCGGAGAGACAUAUAUUCGCAAGGCCGAGGAUUUGGAGCAGGUCAAUGCGAACCUGAUCCCACCUUUGCUCGAAGCGAUUCUCGGCGACUACAAGCAGGAUAUUCCCGCUGCUCGUGAUGCCGAGGUGCUCAGUACGAUGGUCACGAUCGUGAACCGACUUGGGCCGCUGAUGACGGACAAGAUCCCGCCCGUGCUAGAUGCGGUCUUUGAGUGCACGCUCGCAAUGAUCAACGUCGACAUGUCGGACUAUCCCGAGCAUCGCGUCGCCUUCUUCCGCCUCUUGCGCGCCAUCAACGUCAACUGCUUCGACGCCUUGCUCAAGAUCCCGCCGCAACAGUUCAAGCUCAUUAUGGACUCGAUCGUCUGGGGCACCAAGCACGCCGCUCGGGAUAUCGCCGACAUCAGUCUGAACGUUUGCUACGAGUUGAUCGACAACAUCGUGGCGGCUGGACCCGAGACAUCGAACGGCUUCUUCCAGGCCUAUUACCUCUCCUUGUUGCAGGACAUGUUCUUCGUCUUGACCGAUGCGGAUCACAAGUCGGGCUUCAAGUCAACGUCGAUCGUGCUCGCUCGCUUGUUCAGGCUCGUGGGGAGUGGGGAUAUUCAGGCGCCGCUGUACGACCCGGCGACGAUCCAGGACCCGACAAUGAACAACUCCAAGUUCGUGAGCGAAUACUGCGCCGAUUUGCUCAAGCGAGCGUUCCCGCAUCUGCAACCGUGAGUUAUCAUUCUCCCCCUUUCAGAUCAGCCUCGCAUCGGUACUAAUCACGCCGUGCUUACUCACUCCACAGAGCCCAAAUCACGGCCUUCGUGACAGGUCUCAGAGAACAGAACAACGACUCGGUGCGCUUCAAGGCCGGUCUGCGCGACUUCCUCAUCUCGAUGCGCGAGUUCCAAGGCGCCGACGAUACGGCCGAGCUCUUUGCGGAUGAGAAGGAGGCCGCGAUCGCGCAGAAGCAGGCUGAGGAGAGGGAACGCGCUGCGCAUGUUCCUGGCAUGAUCAAGGUGAGAUUGACCACUUCCAGUUCAUUUCAAAUUCGUAAGGACGGACUGCUAAUGCUGGCGGGUGUUUAUGUUUGCAGCCGUCGGAAAUGGAAGAAGAGCUGUGA